GAUGUCAUUGCUUUAGUGCCACCCAACUAUACAAAACUAAUCGUUUAACCUGGCACGCUAGAAUUAUUCUCACCUUUUUGAUCUCUGAUAUCCAAAAUGUUCCGAGCCAAGUCGGAUUCUAGCAAACUAAACUUUUCUGGGGCGCGUGUGUCGUCGCGACUCAUUCUCUUUCCUUAGAUCCUUUUCCUUAGACUAUAAUGUCUGAUGAUUCCCGCCUUCAGUAUUACGACUUACACCGGCCAGCAACCGCAAAUCCCCCACGUCAGCAGCCGCAGCAGCGGGACCAUGAGGAUGAUGGAGUUAGUGGGCGCCGCCGCUCGAGCUCAGACCCAACGGGUCAAGGUCGGCGACGGCCGGGGUUGGCCGUAAUACGCCCUCGUAGAGGAACCAACGGCUCUGCUAUGCCCGCAAUCCCUGAGGAUGCGAGACCGACUAGCACUGCUCUAUUUCAUACGAACGGGCGUAAUCAUCUCGACCAGAAUGUCGCCGACCUUCUCGACGUGAUCGACCCCGAAGUAUCCACGUUAAAUAGCAUGACCAAUAUUCAAAACUCACUUUUUAUACCAUCACUUGGCAAAUUUGUCAACCGGCGUCCGACAUACCAACUUUCCAUAUCACCCAAAGCCCCCACUAUUCGAGAAGAGAGGACGGCAGAGGAAGAAUUCAAUUUCAAUCAUGCCGUCCUCCCCGACGGUGUAUAUCUAGAAGGAUGGACAGAAGAAGAGAAGGCUGAACUAAACGACUACGUGCGCCACAUGCUGCACUCACGGCGGUCCAAAUUCAAGCGGAACAUGAGGGCGUUUGGCCAGUAUGUACGAAAGCCAUUGGGCUUCCUAGUAACGCUGUACGCCACGCUCAUUACCCUAUUCGGUCUGGCCUGGGUUUUGUUUCUGAUUGGCUGGAUCUAUGUCGGUGAGGAGCAAGUCUACGCCAUCAACAUCAUAGACUAUGUCUUAGUUGCUCUUUUUGCGAUCGUCGGUGACGGCCUCGCUCCCUUCCGUGCCGUGGAUACGUACCACAUGAUCUACAUCGCGCAUUAUCACCGCUUGACAUGGAAAUUGCGCAGGAGGAAGCAAAUGGGAAAACUGCGCGAUAAGAAUGACUUACCCACGAAUUCUGACCUGGAGGCGGCCCGCGAUGAGCUGUCGGUUUUGACCCCGCAGCAGGAGGCCCGGCUCGUGCACCAUCAGACCAAGUUCGCUAAAUCGCACACUUUUUACAAGCCGCAUGAGACUAAGACACAUUAUGCGUUUCCGCUGAAUUGGUUGGUGGCUAUCGUGACGCUGCUUGAUAUGCAUUCGUGUCUGCAGAUCGCGCUGGGUGCGACGACGUGGGGUAUCGACUAUAACAAGCGACCGAUGGCCCUAACGGCGACAAUUCUUAGUUGUUCAAUUGCAGUCAAUAUUACAGCGGGCAUUUUGAUUAGCAUCGGAGGCCGACGUACGCGAAAGAAGGAUGUGGUGGAGCGCAUGUUCCGCCAGGACCUGACGCGCGAAGCUUUCGACAAGCUACGCUCCCGCGGCAAGAAACACGGCGACGUUGGGAAGCAACUCAAGGCCGAGCGUGCUCUCGAACAAGGUCGCAAGAGCGAAGCGAAUGAUGACGCGGCGAGCGAUGAAAUUCGCGGUAUGCCGCUUGACGACGAUAAUAAUUAUACUAAUGUUAAUGAGGAUGAGAAGGCUGGUAAUAGUGGCAGUGGCAGUGGAAGUGGUAGUGGCGAUAUAUACCCAGAUGUGCGGUGACGAUGUUUUAUUCUUGGAAUACACGAGGAUUAAUGUAUAAUGACCAAGGUUGGUUUUUUGUUAGUACGUUCGAAUUGAGCAUUUAGGUAUACAUCUUGGACAAUAGAGAAUGGCUAGAUUUAUUAAAGAGGUGGCAAUAGAUGGAUUUACAGGACACGCCAAGCAUCUUUCCCGAUUAGCGAGACCGGGAUUAUGAAAUAUUACCAGGAUUGUUAUACAAUAUUAUGAUGACACCCCCUAGUUAUGAAUCCUACUUUC